AUGCUCGAUCUCAAGCGUCUCUUUCGACGCAUCGCGCGACCAGAAGCCCGUGCGGCAAGCGAGCUCUCCCCCAUCUACCGCACCAGUGUGCGCCGGUCGUGGAUAUCCGCCCUCGCGCGCGCGCCCAACAUACGCUCGGCUCGUAAAAACAAGGCGAGGCAGCCCGGGAAGCGGAAGGAGCCUCUGAGGCCUACGGAGUCGAUGAUGGUCGCCGUUCCCAGUGUAGAAGCGCCACGGACGUCUAGCGGGCCAGGCGAAUCGUCGACGUUGUCAGGAGGUGAGGCGUGGAACCGGAGUAUGGCUAAUCGGUGGAUAUAUGGUCCUGGGGCGUUGGGGUCAGCGAGCUGCUCAUCGGAGAGGUCUUUGGAGGUGUUCAUUCCAGCACGCAGAGUAACUACGAGGAUGCUCUCAGAAUACCCGAACGAGCGGAUGGACAUUGCUAGUAUCUCUAGGUAUUCCGGCUUCGACCAACCUAUGGGCAUCAAGUGGAAAGAUGUCUUGCGGAAAUGA